AUGGCCUCGACAUUGGCGCAGCCCAAGCUGCAUGGCCGGGCUUUCUACGAGAGCAUCGGCAGCCCCAAGUUCGUAGUAGCUCCUAUGGUCGACCAGUCUGAGUUCGCAUGGCGAAUGCUCACCCGAUCCUUUCUCACGCCCGCCGAGAAUGCCAAAGUCCUAGCCUACACGCCCAUGUUCCACGCGCGCCUGUUCGACGAGACCGCCAAAUAUCGAGAAUCACACUUCCAGGCCAUCAAGGCACCCCCGAUAACCCCUGGCACAUCCACCUCGAGUGACCCGGUCGAGCCGAAUCCCUUCCUCGACGGCAACCCGUCCUUCGACCGCCCGCUUUUCGUGCAGUUCUGUGCCAACGACCCGGACCACCUGCUCAACGCGGCGCUGAAGGCAGCGCCGUACUGUGACGCCGUGGACCUGAACCUGGGCUGUCCGCAGGGCAUAGCGCGCAAGGGCCACUACGGCGCCUUUCUGCAGGAGGACCAGGACCUGGUGUACCGGCUGAUCAACACGCUGCACACGCGACUGCCGGUGCCCGUCACUGCCAAGAUCCGCAUCCUCGACACGCGCGAGGCCACGCUGGCGUACGCGCGCACCGUGCUGGCCGCCGGCGCCAGCAUCAUCACCGUGCACGGCCGCCGGCGCGACCAGAAGGGCCAUCUGACGGGCGUCGCCGACUGGGAGUACCUGCGCUACCUGCGCGAAAACCUGCCCGCCGACACGGUCAUCUUCGCCAACGGCAACGUGCUGCAACAUGGCGACCUGGAGAGGUGCCUCAAGGCGACCGGCGCCGACGCCGUCAUGAGCGCCGAGGGGAACCUUAGCAAUCCGGGCAUAUUUGCGCAGGCACCGCCCGUGGGGCAGGAGGGGCGCGAGUACUGGCGUGGCCGCGACGGGAAGGGCGGCUGGCGGGUUGAUGCUGUGUUCAGAAGGUACAUGGAUAUUAUACAUAAGCAUGUCUUGCAGCAGGAGCCGCCGGGCCGCAGACCUCUAUUUAUUCCUGGAGAUGAUGAGGGCUGGCUGCGGGAGAGCACGGCGAAUGGGGCGGAGCAGGAGGAGGGGCCGGCGAGGAAGAAACAGAGAAGGGCUGGGAGCAACCGGGGAGGAGGUGGUGGUGGCAGCGGCAGUGGCGCGAAGAGCGAGACCUCGCCGAACCUCGUUGCUGUCCGUCCGCACCUAUUCCACCUUCUACGACACUUCAUCUCCCGCCACACCGACAUCCGCGACGCGCUGGCGCGAACGCGCGCCGGCGACGUCUCCGCCGUCGAGAAGGUCCUGGACAUGGUCGAGCGGCGCGUGGCGCAGGGCCUGAUCGACUACGAGAGGACAGACGGGCAGAGCAUCGCGAACGAGCCUGAGAUCAAGCCCCGGAAGCCCAUGUUGCCGCAGACGAUGGCGGCUAAAGCGGAGGAGUCUAAGCAAGGGGAGGAAGGGGAAGAAGGGAAAAGGAAAGGGGCUGGUGAGGAGGAUGGUGCAGAUGACGAGUAUGACCCCGAGAGCUCGGUGGCGACGGUCAGGGAUUGCAAGCGGCCUUGGUGGGUCGCGCAGCCCAUCGUGAGGCCCUUGCCUAAGGAGGCACUGGCAAAGGGGAGUGUCAGCCUCAAGAAGGGGAAAAAGAAACAGCACGAGCAACAGGAGGCGGCCGGAGUGACAGCAGUGGCGGCAGUAGAGGCUACAGAGAGAGGAGAUGGCAAGGGCUUGUCGUCGUAUGAGAAAGCGGAAGAAGGGAAAGAGGCGGCCACAAAGGCCGAAGAGGAGCUGCCGAAGCCCGAUAGCAAGGAUGGCAUCAAGGAGCCGCGGAUGGAUACGAAGAUGCGGGGCUUGGCGAGUGAUGAGCUUGUUUGUGGGUAG